ACUCUUCUCUCUCUCUCUACUGUGCCCAUGUCCAGCUUGGUCGGGGCCCCCUUAUAUAUGCAAGAAAAUGAAAUGACCCCUUCUUUUAAUUCUCUCUCUCUCUCUCUCUCUCUCUCUCUCUCUCUCUUCUGUCAUCACUCACUGUGUUACUACUGUAAACACUUGUUUUUCCUCAACAAAAAAAUCCUCACACUCGGUCUCAAUCGAAAGUGAUAGGCCACAAAAGAGGUCCUUUGGUUUUCUUUUCAUUUUUUUAAUGGUGAUCUUGAACAACGUGUCAUUCUUGUAGGUUAAUUCCAACUGGGUCAUGGGUCAUCAAGGGUUUGCUUCAAAUUUGAAAAAUUGAAGUAAAAAACAAUACUUUACUUGUUUGUUUUUUUGUUUUAGUGUAAAAGGUUGUUUUUUUAAUUUGUUUUAGGAUGUUUUUGUUGUGUUUGGAUUUUGGGUUUGUUUGUUUUUGAGUAUGGAGUAGUGUUAGUGCAUUGGUUAGGUAAAGAGAGGAAAUGAUUGAGGAAUGCAAAUUGAAAUGGCUUGAAGUUAAUUGAAGUUUAUGGCUUUUAGUUAGUUAGGUUAGGGUUUUCAUGUUUAUAUGUGAUUGCCAAAUUUAUAGUGAUAGUGUUUCUUUGAAUGAAAGAGAAAUAAAGGAAAAGGGUUUAGCUUUGAUGAAAUGAAGCUUUCAACAUCAGGGUUGGGUCAGCAGGGACAACAUGAAGGAGGAGGAGGGGAGAAGAAAUGUCUGAAUUCUGAGCUAUGGCAUGCAUGUGCGGGACCGUUAGUGUCCCUACCGACCGCGGGGACUCGUGUGGUUUACUUCCCUCAGGGUCAUAGUGAGCAGGUAUCUGCCACAACUAACCGAGAAAUUGAUGGGCACAUACCAAAUUACCCUAGCUUGCCACCUCAGUUGGUUUGCCAACUUCACAAUGUCACAAUGCAUGCAGAUGUUGAAACGGAUGAAGUAUAUGCUCAAAUGACACUACAGCCGUUGACUCCGGAAGAGCAGAAGGAUACAUUUCUUCCUAUGGAAUUGGGCAUUCCAAGUAAGCAGCCCUCAAACUAUUUUUGCAAGACUUUAACGGCCAGUGACACUAGCACACAUGGAGGAUUCUCUGUUCCUCGCCGUGCAGCUGAGAAAGUUUUCCCUCCGCUGGAUUUCUCACAGCAACCACCGGCACAAGAACUAAUUGCUAGGGAUCUCCAUGACGUUGAAUGGAAGUUUCGUCAUAUUUUUCGGGGACAGCCAAAACGGCACCUUCUUACUACAGGCUGGAGUAUAUUUGUUAGUGCCAAGAGACUUGUCGCUGGAGAUUCCGUGCUUUUCAUAUGGAAUGAGAAGAAUCAGCUCCUUUUGGGAAUACGUCGAGCCAAUCGACCGCAAACUGUGAUGCCAUCAUCAGUUCUGUCCAGUGAUAGUAUGCACAUUGGACUUCUUGCGGCUGCUGCCCAUGCUGCAGCAACUAAUAGCUGUUUUACUGUCUUCUAUAAUCCAAGGGCUAGUCCAUCCGAGUUUGUCAUACCACUUUCAAAAUAUAUCAAAGCUGUGUACCAUACACGUAUCUCUGUUGGUAUGCGCUUCAGGAUGCUUUUCGAGACCGAAGAGUCAAGUGUCCGCAGAUACAUGGGUACAAUAACUGGCAUAAGUGAUCUGGAUGCUGUUCGAUGGCCGAAUUCUCAUUGGCGCUCUGUCAAGGUUGGUUGGGAUGAAUCAACAGCAGGAGAGAGACAGCCACGGGUAUCGUUAUGGGAAAUUGAGCCUUUAACAACAUUCCCAAUGUAUCCAUCAUUGUUCCCCCUCAGAUUGAAACGCCCGUGGCAUCCUGGCACCUCAUCUUUACUUGAUGGAAGAGAUGAAGCAAAUGGUCUAAUGUGGAUGAGAGGUGGACCUGCAGACCAAGGUCUCAAUUCCCUAAAUUUUCAAGGCGCUUCUGGUUUAUUACCCUGGAUGCAGCAGAGACUCGAUCCAACUUUACUCGGAAGUGAUCAGAGUCAACAAUACCAAGCAAUGUUGGCAGCUGGAUUGCAGAACAUGGGUAGUGGUGGAUAUCUCAUGAGGCCACAAAUGAUGAAUUUUCAACAGCAGCCUAUCAAUUACCUUCAAUCAGGAAACAAUAACUCGUCUUUGCAACUUCAGCAGCCUCAAAUAAUUCAACAAACAGUUAAUAUGAUGCCGCAGCCACAAGCCCAAGUACUUACAGAAAACCUGUCUCAGCUACUUCAGAAACCAAAUAACAAUCAAGAAGUGCAAGCUCAACAGCAGCAACAUAGUUAUCAAGAUACACUUCUAAUUCAAAAUGAUCAGCUCCAUCAGAGACAACAAUCGAACUUGCCGUCACCAUCGUAUUCAAAACCAGAUUUCCUUGAGCGAAACAUAAAGUUCUCUGCUUCAGUUCCGUCCGGACAAAACAUGCUUGGUUCGCUUUGCCCUGAAGGAACUGGUAAUCUCUUGAAUCUAUCAACUCUAUCCAGAAGUGGUCAGUCGUUGAUGACUGAACAGUUACCCCAACAAUCAUGGACUCCGAAGUAUGGAAACAUGCAAGUCAAUGUGUUUGGCAGCUCAAUGUCGCAUGCACAAUAUUCUGGAAAAGAAUCCGGGAUGGUGUCCUCACAUUGUGAUUCAGAUGCCCAAAACCAUACUCUCUCGGGUGUCAAUAUCGAUUCAUCUGGCCUUCUGCUCCCCACCACUGUCCCAGGUUACACUACUUCAUCGGCUGACACUAGUGCAUCAACUAUGCAACUAGGGGAGUCAGGAUUUCAGGGUUCUCUAUAUGCCUGCAUUCAAGAUUCAUCGUCAUUUUUGCAAAAUGCAGAGCAAAACGACCCACAAAACCAGAACCCAACAUUUGUGAAGGUUUACAAAUCGGGAUCGGUUGGGCGUUCACUUGACAUCUCUCGGUUCAACAGCUAUCGUGAGCUGCGAGAGGAGUUGGGUCAGAUGUUUGGAAUUGAGGGAAAAUUAGAAGACCCUCUUAGAUCAGGCUGGCAGCUUGUGUUCGUCGACCGGGAGAAUGAUGUUCUUCUCCUUGGCGACGAUCCGUGGGAAUCAUUUGUGAAUAACGUUUGGUAUAUCAAAAUACUUUCACCGGAAGAUAUUCAGAAGAUGGGAGAACAAGCGGUAGAAACGCUUGCGCUAGGUUCAGUACAAAGGCUUAACGGCAGUGGUGAAUCUCACCACAUUGUUUCUGGACAACCACCAUCAAUUGGCUCACUUGAAUACUGAGAACACGAUGAUUCCAAAAUGUGUGUAACCUUCAGGUUCCAUGCAGUUAAGACAACUUUAUGCGUAUUAUUAUUUUCGAUGGAAUGUACUGUUAAUCUAUUCCACUAUUCCACAUGUCAUCUUUAUUAUUUAUGUCAGGACUUGAGAAGAAAAUAUACAUUUAUGAUAAGAAAAUUAGGACAAGCUUUUGUGAACCUGAACUUGGCACAUUGAAAGCUAGAAUUAAUGCUGCUACUGUUAUUUAAGCAUUUGAUUAACUUAUUGCUUGUACUUAUGUACUCUAUAGAUAGGCAACUAGAGAAGACUGUUUAAGCUUUAGUUGUCUUUAAUAUUCUACUAUAUGAGCAGUAUAUGACUCUUCUGUCAUUAAAAUUACAACUAUUCUUA